GUACAGUAUCCUGUUUGUGGAGUGGGCCGCUGUGUUCUUGUCCCCGCCCCUCAGUUACUUCCUCCAUCAGCAGCGACAAGGCCAACAAAGCACUACUUGAGGGCUAUUGGGACAACUUAAACCGAUCAUUUGGCCAUGGCAGCAAUCAGGAAAAAACUGGUUAUAGUGGGAGAUGGAGCCUGUGGAAAGACCUGUCUGCUCAUCGUGUUCAGUAAAGACCAGUUUCCAGAGGUCUACGUGCCCACAGUCUUCGAGAACUAUGUUGCUGACAUUGAAGUUGAUGGCAAACAGGUGGAGUUGGCCCUGUGGGAUACCGCUGGUCAAGAAGACUACGACAGGCUGCGUCCACUCUCCUAUCCAGACACUGACGUCAUUCUCAUGUGUUUCUCCAUUGACAGUCCUGACAGUCUUGAGAACAUCCCAGAAAAGUGGACCCCUGAGGUGAAACACUUCUGUCCUAAUGUUCCCAUUAUACUGGUGGGAAAUAAGAAGGAUCUGCGAAAUGACGAGCACACCCGGAGGGAGCUGGCCAAAAUGAAGCAGGAACCUGUGAAGCCAGAAGACGGGCGGGACAUGGCAAACAGGAUCAAUGCCUUUGGAUACAUGGAGUGUUCUGCAAAAACAAAGGAUGGUGUGAGGGAAGUCUUUGAGAUGGCCACCAGGGCUGCACUACAGGCCAGACGAGGAAAGAAGAGCAGUAAAUGUGCCCUUCUGUAAAAGGGGACACGGGGACUGCUUCCUUUGGGGGGGGAGAAGAAGGAGCACUAGGUCAAACCUAACCCCCCCCCCCUCCUCCCACCACCACAACAACCACAAAAAAGACUGUUCUUGCCAGUUUUUACUAAAGGUGUAAUGCUUUUACUUUUUUGGCUUUAGCAAAACAUAGUCUGUUUCUGUCAGUAUUCAAUUCUGAGGUUAAUGGAAAAAUCAGCCUUUUGUACGUAAACAUGAGUAAAUUUGCCACCAAAAAAAAAAAAGCUCCUUUAUCAACAUGUAAUCAAAGAGGUCGGCCGAGGGACCUGCUAUGUCAUACCUGCCAACCACAGUUAAGUGCUGAAAUCCUGCCUUCUGAUCUGAAGAAUGUUUUCACGCAGCCAAUCAGGGGGAAGUACCUGCACACUGUGACCCGUUGUCCCGUUAUUACUCCAAAAGAAAAGAAACGAAUGCACACAUUGAAGUUAAUUUUGUUUGUGCGCUUCAAAUACAAAACCAACGUGCGAUACGAUCACCGGCACAUUAUAAGACUGGAAACUCAUUUUGUUAAAGAGCAAAAGGAAACUUAGUGUUUUGUGUAAUAAAUUUCUUUGUAAGAA